GAGAAAAAGGAAAUUGUUGGACCCCUGGACAUGUUGAAAGGCUGCGUCUAUGACUUGUGUGGAUAGCUGCCGGGUAUAAAGCGAGGGUUUGCUGUCUAUCUGCUGUUGCCAGGAAAGCCCUGAAAGGCAGAGCGAGCUGAACUCUGCGUUCCCACCGCUGCGGCACGAUGGGAUCCUCCACUCUGGGCAAGGCGGCGUCUCUCGAUGCGCUGAUAGUUGAAUGCGUUCACGCAUUCGAUGAUAACGGUGAUCUCCAUGCCAACCCGCUCCCUCGUACCAUGCUGCUAAUGCAUCGCUGGUAUGUUACAUCCUCUGAGCUGGCAGGAAAACUACUAAUGAUGUACCGUGAUGGCAAAGAAGACAGCAGCAGGAUGACCAGGCUGAAGAUUUGCUAUUUCAUGAGGUUCUGGAUAGUGACCUUCCCUGCAGAGUUCAACCUGGAUUUGGGCCUGAUUCGGAUCACAGAGGAGUUCAGGGAGGCGGCCGCUCAACUUGGUUGUGAGGACCAUUUCAAACUCAUCGACAUCUCAGCCAUCCCAUCAUAUGAUUGGAUGCGGAAGCUGACCCAGAGGAAGAAACAAGCCAAGAAAGGGAAAGCAUCACUGCUGUUUGACCACUUGGAGCCUGUGGAGCUGGCAGAGCAUCUCACCUUCCUGGAGUUCAAGUCCAUCCGGAGGAUAUCGUUCACCGACUAUCAGAGCUACGUGAUCCAUGGUUGUCUUGUGGAAAAUCCAACUCUGGAGCGCUCCAUCGCUCUCUUCAACGGCAUCUCACAGUGGGUCCAGCUGAUGGUGCUCAGCAAACUCACACCUCAGACCCGAGCUGAGGUCAUCGCCAAAUACAUCCACGUGGCUCAGAAACUGCUGCAUCUUCAGAACUUCAACACUCUGAUGGCGGUGGUGGGAGGCCUGAGCCACAGCUCCAUUUCUCGACUAAAAGAAACCCAGGCCUACCUGGCGCCAGAAGUUCUGAAGAUUUGGAGCGAGAUGACAGAGCUGGUCUCUUCCAACAACAACUACUCCAACUACAGAAAGGCCUUCAAUGACUGCAGAGGGUUCAAAAUCCCCAUCCUGGGCGUUCACCUGAAGGAUCUGAUCGCGGUGCACGUCGUCUUUCCUGACUGGGUCGGUGACGGCACCAUGGUGAACCUGGUGAAGAUGCAUCAGCUGUACAUGACGUUCAAUGAGCUGGUGUCACUACAGAGUGUGGUAUCCCAAGUGGAGCCCAACAUGGACCUCAUUUACCUUCUGACGCUUUCUCUUGACCUUUAUUACACAGAAGAUGAGAUUUAUGAGCUGUCGUUGCUAAGGGAACCACGUAACCCAAAAUCGCAGCCUAUAUCUCCAACUACUCCCAACAAACCUUUGGCCCCACUGGACUGGGCCUCUGGGGUGACCACCAAACCAGAUCCUUCUGUGGUCAGUAAGCACAUUCGCAAACUAGUAGAAUCUGUUUUCAGAAAUUAUGACUAUGACCACGAUGGCUAUAUAUCACAAGAAGACUUUGAGAGUAUUGCAGCUAAUUUCCCAUUUCUGGACUCAUUCUGCGUUUUGGAUAAAGAUCAAGACGGAUUGAUCAGCAAGGAUGAGAUGGUGGCGUAUUUCCUCCGGGCCAACCCUCUGCUCCAGUGUAAGAUGGGACCAGGAUUCAUUCACAACUUUCAGGAGAUGACCUAUCUGAAGCCAACCUUCUGUGAACAUUGUGCUGGAUUUCUCUGGGGAAUCAUCAAGCAGGGAUACAAGUGCAAAGACUGUGGUGUUAACUGUCAUAAACAAUGUCGGGAACUGCUGGUUCUGGCCUGCAGGAAGCUGAUUGGCUCAGGCUCUGUAAGCAGCGGCUCUCCAGCCAGGCUGACCCACAGCUCUCUGCCCAACAGCCCAACGCUGCCCACCUGUAAAGACGAGGACGAUGUCUUUGAGUUUCCAGCUGUCGCCCUGGCAGGUCCAGCUCCGGAUCCUCAGUCCAUCACCCUGAUGACCGGCUCGGCUCAAAGGAUAUCUGUGCGCCUGCAGAGGGCCACCACCAGCCAAGCCACACAGACCGAGCCCCUGUGGUCUGAUGUGGGCUGGGGGUCCCCAGACAGCGGCUCACACACGUUUCCUAAAAUGAAGUACAGGACUCACAGAAAAGCGUCUAAACGUCCAGGUGUUGCCAGCUGGGAAAACCACAGUAAUAGGCAGCAGCACGGAGUUUCCGCUCAGAACUAUUUGAAUUAUCAAACGAGCCCGGCAUCUGUGAGGGACGGAAACGGAGAAACAAACACGAUGGAGAGGGAAUAUAAAGAGAAUGAGGAACUGCUGGAGGAGUUCUGCAAAGAACUGCCUCAGAUCUCUGCAGAGAUCAAUAUCGAUCUGGAGCGCCCGCUGGGCAUACAAGAGCUCCACACAGCCCUCCAGAGCAUGCAGGGCCAGAAGUCCCCAGGCGUUGAUGGGCUCACAGUGGAGUUUUUCAAGGCCUCCUGGGAUCUUCUGGCCCAAGACAUGCUCGAAGUGUAUAACAAGAGUCUGGCCACUGGUUCGCUCCCCUUAUCCUGUCGCAGGGCAGUUAUUGCUCUGCUGCCCAAGAAGGGCAACCAUCAGGAGAUCAAGAACUGGCGCCCCAUGUCCCUCCUCUGCACGGAUUACAAAAUCCUCUCGAAGGCCCUGGCCACGAGACUAGGAAGAGCCAUGGAGCAGGUCAUCCACCGGGACCCAGACCUACUGCGUCCCCGGCAGGUCCAUGAAGAACCCUUGGUGUACGGAGCAAGACUGGAUGUUGGAGAGGACACGUUCCUGGGACUGACGGAGACGCUGUCUGGAGCCGGCAUAGUAACCUUAAAGAGGCUGAUCCGAGCGUCUGGAGCGGACUUUAGCGAUGCCCAGCAGGUUGCUGCCGCAAUGAAAGUAAAGUCCAAAAGAAUGAUGGAACGUGUCCUGUUAAAAAUAAAAAUAAGAAUGACUGGAGAGGAAAAGAGGCUGUUGCAGGCAUACGAGGAAGGGAAAUGUCUGCCAAAGGAAACAGACCCCUUUCCGAAAGUUCUUCUGAGCCCAGACUUUGAAGAGGACAGAGGUUCUCUGCUAAAGAACAUAGACUCAGAAAUGGAGUUGUCCUCGGACUGCUUCGCCAAGCGGCUAGCGAAACAGGGGUCCCUCCCACAAACACAGGACGCCCAUGGAAACGUCGUAGACGGCGCGAUAGGAAGCAGAAGCGCGGCUGUCGCGGAGGACUAG